ACAGAUUGAGGUCGCCGGCGCUGGGGUAUCAGGAGGACGCGAGCUGACUACCUGACUCCGGACGGCGGCGCAGGACGCCGGCCGCGCGAGGGGCGGGGGCUAAGCGUAUCCAGGGGCGGUGCUGCAGGGCGCGGGAGGCGGGAGAGGCUGCCGCGCCGGUGCCCUGACAGCCUCAGCCCCGCCCCGCCGCGUCCGACCCGGUCCUGUCCCGCAGCGUCCCGCCCGCCAGCUCCUUACACCCUCCCCGGCCGAGGUGCUCCUCGGUGCUCCCCGCGCAGCCAUGGCUCAGCAGUUCUCCCUGGCCGCCUGCGACGUGGUCGGAUUCGACCUGGACCACACUCUGUGUCGCUACAACCUGCCCGAGAGCGCCCCGCUCAUUUAUAAUAGCUUUGCCCAGUUCCUAGUUAAGGAGAAAGGGUACGAUAAGGAAUUGCUCAGUGUGACCCCAGAGGAUUGGGAUUUCUGUUGCAAAGGUUUGGCAUUGGAUCUAGAAGAUGGGAAUUUCCUUAAACUCGCAGAUAAUGGCACUGUUCUCAGGGCAAGCCAUGGCACCAAGAUGAUGGCUCCAGAGGUACUGGCAGAGGCAUAUGGCAAGAAAGAAUGGAAGCACUUCUUGUCGGACACUGGAAUGGUUUGCCGCUCAGGAAAGUAUUAUUUUUACGACAACUACUUUGACCUGCCAGGAGCUCUUCUGUGUGCCAGGGUGGUGGACUAUUUAACAAAAAACAAUGGUCAAAAAACAUUUGAUUUUUGGAAGGAUAUAGUUGCCGCUAUACAACACAAUUAUAAAAUGUCAGCUUUUAAGGAAAACUGUGGAAUAUAUUUUCCAGAAAUAAAAAGAGAUCCAGGCAGAUAUUUACACAGUUGUCCUGAAUCUGUGAAAAAGUGGCUUCGACAGCUAAAGAAUGCUGGGAAAAUUCUUCUGUUAAUUACCAGUUCUCACAGUGAUUACUGUAGACUUCUCUGUGAAUAUAUCCUUGGGAAUGAUUUUACAGACCUUUUUGACAUUGUGAUUACAAAUGCACUGAAGCCUGGUUUCUUCUCCCACUUACCAAGUCAGAGACCUUUCCGGACGCUCGAGAAUGAUGAGGAGCAGGAGGCACUGCCAUCUCUGGAUAAACCUGGCUGGUACUCCCAAGGGAAUGCUGUCCACCUCUAUGAACUUCUGAAGAAAAUGACUGGCAAACCUGAACCCAAGGUUGUUUAUUUUGGUGACAGCAUGCAUUCAGACAUUUUCCCAGCUUGUCACUAUAGUAAUUGGGAGACAGUCCUCAUCCUGGAAGAACUCAGAGGGGAUGAAGGUGCGAGGAGUCAGAGGCCUGAGGAGUCAGAGCCUCUAGAGAAGAAAGGAAAGUAUGAGGGACCAAAAGCAAAGCCUUUAAAUACUUCAUCUAAAAAAUGGGGUUCUUUUUUUAUUGAUUCAGUUUGGGGACUGGAAAAUACAGAAGACUCCUUGGUUUAUACAUGGUCUUGUAAGAGAAUCAGUACUUACAGCACUAUUGCAAUUCCAAGUAUUGAAGCAAUUGCAGAAUUACCUCUGGACUACAAAUUUACAAGAUUCUCUUCAAGCAAUUCAAAAACAGCUGGCUACUAUCCAAAUCCUCCACUGGUCUUAACAAGCGAUGAGACACUGAUACCCAAAUAAGUUGUCUUUAUUGGAAAAUGAAGUGAAGACCCAUAUAUGCAGUAAAAAAAAAAAAAAAAAAAAAAAAAAUUUUUUUUCAAAAAAUACUGUAAAAGACUUUAAGGAACGAGUUUUAUUGACCAAGAAGUUGAUAUUUGCCCGUAGGUCUCCUUUCUAUAAAUCAUCUUGAUGUUUAACAACUCUUAUUAUAUUAAAAUUUCAGUAUCCUAAAACUUAGAACCUUAUUGAUAUUUUCUAUACAAUAGUUUUGUGAUUAGCAUUCACCUGGGGACACUCACUCCCACACACAGUCACUCUUACACAUAUGCCUAGUUCAGUGGUUCUCAAAGUGAUCCAUAGACUAAUAGCAGAGCAUUACCUGAGAACUUGAUAAGGCACAUUGCAGGCCCCACCCAAAACCUGUUGAAUCAGAAGCUCUGAGAGUGGGGCCUACCAAUCUGUGGUUUAACAAGCCCAUCAGGUGAUUCUAAUUUACACUACAGUUUGAGACCCACCGACCUGGAACAUAUCCUCCAGAGACUUGGCUUAAUUGGUCUGGCUAAAUAUAGCUGAGCACUGUUACCUUUUAUAUGCCCUAGGAAAGUGCAGCCAGAAUUGAAAACCAACUGAUCUAUACCAGUUCUUUCAAUUAAUAGUCAAGAACACUGAGUCCAGUGAGAUUAAGUGAUUUUUCCAGGCUAUGAGGUUUUAUGCUAUUCCUGUGUUCUCUAAAACAAGAAAAUAAAAAGACAUGAUUUCUUCUCUGUUCAUACAGCAAGUAUGGAACAGAGAUGGUCUAGAAGUCAGUUAUCUCAACCUCUAUUGUUACCCACUAGUUUUUUUUUCUAAUAAUGUUAAAGGCUAUUUAAUUUAUUUAAUCAGCUUUAAGCAUUACAUUCUCAGUAGGGGAUGAAAAAUUGGUUAUUGGGGUGAAAAAAAAUACUAGAUGGGGUGAAAAAAUAUAUGGAUAGGAUGACUUCCAAAAUCAUCCUAUCCAACAAAAUCUUAUUCCUCAGUAUUAAUUUCUCUCGUUGGGAAGAAAUUUGUAGUUGGCACUAUUUAAUUUAAUUUGAAUUUAAUUUCUGUAAUUGGGAAGGAGGGUAAUAAUGAACAAAAAGUUUGAGAAAAAAUGCUUUAAGAGGUUUUACAGGCAUACUACAGUCCAGGACUGUGGUGUUCUAUGUGCUAUGUAUUGUCAUAUUAGUAGCUAUUUGUUACAAGAUACUUGAAGCCAAAUGUUUGCAGUAUAGGUUCCUGGCUACUCUUUAUGCUGUGAUUUCACUCUGUCUAUCAUGGGCAGUAUUAGAAAACAUACUGGUUUUCACUGUCUGGUUUUCAUACACUAUCAUUGUUUUACCUGGAUUGUAGUGGAGAAUUGAGCAUAUCAAUGCAUGCAUUGGAAAGAAAAAAAUCUGGUUAAAAUUUGGAAAUGUUCAGCUAAAUCCCAGAUAUACUGUGGGAUGAGUUAUCUCAGGAUAGGUAAAAAAAAAAAAAAAAAAAAAAAAUUACUAAAAUUUUUCCCUCACAGUCAGUACCUUUCUUUGAUAUUUAACAAUAAGUAUAUAGUGAUACACUUGAGGUUUAUGUCCAGAAUGUCAUUGGAAUAUUACAAUGAGCAUAAAUAAGCUUAGGACUAAAUGAAAGAUGCUAUCUCAUGUAUGCUUUAAAUAGAAAAUUGAUUUCUUUUAAAAAUAAAGCUGUUUUUCCUAAUCCAUGUUUAUUCUGUAAAUGGCAAAUAAUACAUCUUUAAAUACUUAUAAACUACUGUUAAUAUGAAAAAUGAGAACUCCAAAAUAAGAAAUAAUUGCACUUUUUGGGCCACUGAGUAGUGGCGGGGGUUCAGGAGGCAGAAUUCGGUUGUCAGAAGUUCUAGGCGCCCCUUUAGCAUUCUACCUGAAGACCCUGAACAAGUUACCACCAAAUUUGGCUUCAGUUUUUUCCAUCUUAUAAAAAGAGAGGCUUAGUUUAUUUCUAAGUUUCCUUCCUUUCUAGCAGUCAGUAUUUCUUCUAAUGAAUGUUUUUUUCUAUAAUUAGCAAGACUAUAAUUUGGUUUUUUAAAUUUAUAUUUCAUUGUUUCUAAAAAGUGCCAGUGUUUCUGAUUGGAUAUGAAGAUUAAAAAUAAUCAUCCAAAUGUGGCACCAAAAAAAUUAAAAAGAAAAUAUUAAAGUAGUUAUAUGAA